AUGAUCAAGUUGAAGCUCGGCAACAGGACGCCCUCGGCGGCCUCGACUGAUGGUCAGCCGCCCGCCGCCCAGAAUGCUGGCUCUCCUCAGCCAGCAUCAAGCUCUGUGCCGGCGCCUGUCAAACUGAAGCUCAGUGUGUCACAACCACCAACUCCUAUCGAACAGUCCGGGCAGCCUGCUUUCCCCACUGCGCCAGAAGCUCCAUCGGAUAAGAAGAAGCGGCCAUAUCAGCGCAAGCAGGAUGGGUCUGCUAAGAGCAAGAAGCGGGCUGCCGAUGCAGACAACUCGCCAGCUGCUAAGCGCGUCGCCAGCGGAACUGGCCUGGGUCGCAAGCUCUCCAUCAAGCCACCGGCGCCCCAAGGAUCAGUUGACGUUGUCAAACCAAAGAUACAGCUGGGGAAGAGGAAAUCGUCUGUGCCAAAGAUACUCGACCUGAGGGCGCGUGGUAAGGCGCCACCGCGACCAAAAGGUGUUGGCUAUGAUUCGGAAGAUUCGGACACGGAGAAAGAUCCAGCCCUCCAGCAGGGACUGGUCUUGCGCAUGGAGGACGGAGAAGACGCUCAAUAUCUGAAAGAGGCUAUAGCCAAGGGACAAGUUGGUCCACAUCCGAGUCAGGGCGAUGCGGAGGUAUCAGUCAAGUUCAUCGAGAAGAACUACCGCCGCGCGAUCAUCAAGAUACGAGGACGAAUGUACGCCGCGGCUCUGGUGGACAUCCCGUGCAUCGUCGAGUCAAUGAAGAGUUUCGACAAGAAGGGAUGGUGGAAGGUGGCAGACAUUUCUCAGAUGCUGCUCGUGCUGGGACGAUGCAACAGCGAGGAAGAGGCCAAGACGUAUGCGUUGCCGAAGGAGGUCAACAAGGAUAACUUCCAAUACGCUCAUGGCCUCACGCCUCCGAUGCACUGGGUACGCAAGCGGAGGUUUCGAAAGAGAAUGAACUACAACGAAAUCGCCAACGUGGAAGAGGAAGUCGAGAAGCUGCUCAAGGCAGACGAGGACUGGGAGAAAGACGGCGGUACUGUCACGACUAUCACCCCCGCAGAACAAGAGAAAGCAUUGGAAGCGCAGGCAUAUGACGAGUACGACGAAGACGCAGAAGGCGAAGCCAUCGAAACGGUCGAGACGGACGGACAAGAGUACGAAGAAGAAGUCCCAGAGGGCGAAGAAGAUCCCGACCUCGAAGCCAACCUCCAAGCCAUGUUCGACGCAGAAGGCGACAUGGACGUGAGCGAACUCGUCACCGAAUCCCCCGCCCCCAUCGCCGACCAAGCCGCAUCCAUGUCGGCCGUUGAGAACGCCAUGCAAGAAGACUUCACACCCAUCGGCACCCCCGCAGGUGGAGUCGGCAUGACCCCGCAAGAGCCCACGUCAGACGAGGAAGAAGAGUCAGAUGAGGACGAGGAAGACUCCCCCGACGUCGUGGACGAAGACGCCGCGGCCAAGGCCGCCGAGCGCGCCCAGCAACUCGAGGAAGUGGCUGAUCUCGAGCGUGAGGUGGAGCGCGCGAGACAGAAGGUGCAGGCUAUGACGAACCAGCUGCUGAGACAGCGUGAGAUGCAGAAGUUGGCGAGUCUGGAGGAGGAUCUGCGGGUCAAGAAGCAGGUGUUUGGGUUGGUGGAUCCAGAGGAUUGA